AUGCGCUUCGCAGCCCUGGUUAUCGGCCUCCUGGCCACCUUUGUUUCGUCUGUGGCAGCCACGGCCCUGACCUACCGCCUCGAGGCCAACGAGAAAGCGUGUUUCUAUAACUAUGUUGACCAGAGGAACGUGAAGCUUGCUUUCUACUUUGCUGUCCAAUCCGGCGGUUCCUUCGAUAUCGAUUACUCCGUUGUCGGUCCCGGCGAGAAGGUGGUCCUGGAUGGUACCAAGGAAAGACAGGGUGACUUUGUGUUCACGGCCCAGAGCAUUGGCGAGUACCGGUUCUGCUUCAACAAUGACAUGUCGACCUUUGCUGAGAAGAUUGUCGAUUUCGAGAUCGCGGUCGAGAACGAGGAACGCGCACAACUGCCCUCCCGCCAGGGUGCUAGCCCCGAGCAGGCCUCCGCUCUCGAGGAGUCGAUCUUCAAGCUGUCCGCUCAGCUCUCCACCAUCACCCGCAACCAGAAGUACUUCCGCACAAGAGAGAACCGCAACUUCAGCACCGUUCGUAGUACGGAGCGUCGUAUAUUCAACUUUAGCGUGAUUGAGGGCUUGAUGAUGGUUUCGAUGGCCGCACUGCAGGUGUUCGUUGUGAGGUUCUUCUUCCAGGGUGCUAGGAAAGGUAAGUGUCGAUUUCCCCUUACAAUUGAGUUUCCGAGUGUUUUUCGUGGACUAUGUGUUAUUCCUCGUUUGGUAAUGGGGCCGUUGGAGCUGAUUAAUGGCUACAGGUUACGUGUGAUGAUGUGCGAGCAUGAUGAAAAAUAUUUCUUCUGUCCUUUGAUUGUGGCGUCUGUUUGUAUCUACCCGCUGUUGUAG